GCCUGCCUGCGUGCUUUACUGAGAACCGUUGCACGCUAGGAAUGCAUGGAACUGUGCAGAGAUGGCGAGUGCAGCAAGACAGGAGCCGGCAGCGCUGGCAUGUGCCCAGUUCUGCCUCGCACAAGCAUAUGAGAAGGGGAGAGGCGUCACAAAAGAUACAAGGAAAGCUGCAGAGUUGUACCUGAUGGCAGCUGACGAGGGUCACUAUGGAGCGAUGCACAAUGCUGCAAGGUGCUAUGCUACCGGAAAGGGGCUAGUAAAAGAUCAGACUGAAGCAGUGAUAAGGUACGCUGUUGCAGCAUCUGACGGAAAUCCUGCAUCACAGUUUGCAUUGGCAGAAAUGUAUGCAUCUGAACGGAAUCAGAAGGCGGCAGAGGAAACAUACCGAGCAGCAGCAGAGCAGGGUCAUCCUGAGGCUCAGCUUCGGCUGGCUGAUUUGAUUGGCCUCGGGCACUUGGAAGACUCCAGAGCGUGGCUGGAAGGACGGAUAUUCCGAACUCAAGGACCUGAUUUUGCGCUUGAACAUCGGGCGUUUCUCAACUGGAUCAGCAGAUGGAAGGUCCAAAGUCAAAAGGAGUACGAGGAGGUGACGACGUUACUGCACAAGUCUGCCGUUCAGGGCAAUGCCGAGGCAUACGACAAGCUGCAGGAGAUCAAAAUCUUCUGGCUCGAGGAGAGGUCAUUCAACAUGGAGGAAACUACAGCUGUCGCUAUGUCCGUCUGUAAGGAACUGCAUGCAUCUGGGCAUUUGGAACAAUACCAGAGGGGAUGGAAGGCUCUCUUGGGCAUCAAUGUGGUGCAGGACCCUAGUACUGCAUUUAAGUGUUUUCAUAGGCUGUCGCGGAAGCAACAUGCUCACGAGCUUUCCCGAGGCUGGAUCCAAUUUGUCCUUGGGCUUUGUUAUCUAGAAGGGCAAGGAACAAAGCAGGAUGUUGAAAAAGCGAAGAAAUAUCUCAAGCUGGCAUUGAACGCCAACAUCAUGAUUGCACGUGAUGCAUGGAGUGAUCACAAGCAGCGGGCAUGCCAGAAGAAUGCAGCAGCAGCAGACAAUAGCGUUGCAGGUGGGCAGUUUAAUGGCAGCAUCCAGCAGAGGGAAAAUGGUAGCACCCACCGAAGUGCAAGAGCGCCCCCUGACGUACCCGUAGCACAAAGAAACUAUGCACAGACUGGCUGCCAAGAUGUUCUGUUGAGGAAUGACCCAAGUGGGGAUGAAUCCACCACCACCUCGUCAAAGAUCGAAGGGCUCGUGUGUGCUCGAAGAAUGGUAAAGUCAAAGGAUGCUGGAAAGAGUCGAAGCAUCAGAGGCGGCACACUCCAAGAUGCCAUACAGAGGUUUCAGGAUCCGAUUGCUGUGGAAGAUAGCAUGCUCGGUCUGCCUGUGAUUUAUCUUCUAGAACAUUGUAAGGGUGUCCCGUCGUUGGCGAAGUACAAAUCGCUGAUUGAAAGGGUUAUUGCCUAUAAGGUCGACAGGAGUGACAGGGAAAUUUUGAAGAAGGUAGUGGGUGGUAAUCGAUUGUUCCUGGAGUUCUUUUCUUAUUUCCAGCAGGUAUUUCUUAAGGUCAUCACGGAGGCAAAAAUAAUGACAGGCAGAGUCACAGGAGGCCGAGCGCGCGCAGAAAUGAGCAAUACAACAGCGAUUUGGAAGAUGUCUUUCAGAAAUGGCUGUGGGCCAAAUGGUAUGUCAGGUGCUACUACAACACAUCGCAACUCGGGAAAAAGUGCCAUAGAAUCCUGGACCGUGCAGGCGGCGGAACAACUUUCUAACUUGGCAGGCAUGUGCCCAAUGUUCCACCAAGUGUUGGUGGAAGUCGCUCUUGUACUGAUAAUUUGCAGGAAAGAAAACAUAGUUGCUAUCCAUGGGCGUGCAUUGGAAGGCAAGAUAGCACAGACAAACCCAUCCUUUGGCCUGAACAACAAGAACACUAAGCUUUUGCCAAAUAACAUGAAUCCCCUUAUCAAAGAGCUGGUUUUGUAUCAUGUUAGGAGUAUACUGCAGGCAGUUGCAGAUGGACGGUUCUCGCAGGGCUCUUCUGGAUCUGACUGGGAUGGAAGCUUUCUCCAAUUCAAGCUUGUCCGUGAGCUUGUCAAUGUGGCCUUCGGGGAGACGGGCGAGGACUGGCAUCAAACCCAAUCAAGGAUGGGCACACACGGCCACGUGGAAGUCGGCAAUUCAGAUGAGAUAGUGGUGGUGGAGGAGGAGGAGGAGGAGGAGGAAAAGAAGGGUCGGAAGGAGAAGGGAAGCUGUAAUGUGAAUGUCCUCAGUGUCGAGUCUCGAGAACAGGCAGUUGUGAAGGAGAGAUCAACAGCAGGUGUAAAGUCUCCAACUGCACAGGUCACUCUCUGGCACAGGGUGGGCGCAAAAUCUGCCAGGACAACAACGACGGUACUGGGGGCACAAGGCCGGGAGGAGAAUGGCAAAGAGAAGGAGAUUGUGGCCGUAGAGGAGGAGGAGGAGGAGGAGGAGCCUCCAAUUGCACUGCCCAUUCUGCAGCAGAGGGUGGACGCAAAAGCUGCAAGUACAACACAGACAAUACUGGGGGAAUGGAGAAUUGUGAACAAGAGAUGGAUGGCAAGUUUGAAGCAUCCAAUGGCACCGAUCACUCUGCAGCACAGUGCAGAUGAAAUUGCUGCCAGAACCAGGAAGAGGUUACUGGAGGGACGAGGUUGGGAGGAUGAUGAUAAUGUGUGGGAGAUUGUGGCGACGGAGGAGGGCGAUCAAGAGAGGAAGAGCGGGAGGGGGAAGGGAAAUAUUUUGAACAUCAUCGACGUCGGGUCCAGAGGACGUGGCCUUCUGAACAACAGGUUGACAACAAGUUUGAAGUCUCCAAUGGCACCAAUGACUCUGCAGCACAGCGUGGAUAUGAAUACUGCAAGUUUGGCGGGGACAUUGUGGUCAUGGUCUGCCUAUGCGACCCGGGGGGAGAGCAUUUGCACACAUUGCGGCAGGCCGGCUAGUACGUCGAUGCCAUCAGUUGCACCAGGUGCUCACCGGCACAGCUUGCGAGAGGGCCCAAGCAGGCACAGAACACCAGUCCUGGCCGCUUCUCGGGCUCGACCCGCUACUAGUUUGAAACGCCAGGACAAAAGACACACCAAACCAACAACAGGGGCGUCGAGGCUCCCAGUUGCAUCAGCCAGGAAUCACCUGUGCAAGCUUGAGAAAGAUAUUGUGCCAGCGGCCUCCGGGGAGCACAGCUGGGGUCAACAGAUUACACCUGCUCCGGCCACAGGGGAGUGGCACAUGGACAGAGAAAGUCCAGCCAUUCAAUGGGCAGUUUGCCUAGACGAGGAUUGUGGUUCAGAUUGCUGUAGCCGAUCACCUGUGGAUGACAAUACUGAGCUAGAAUUAUCAGGGACGAAUGGGAUCGCCAGUAGGUCUUUGCGAGUAUCAAGAAACCGUCCUUCAGUUUACAGCAUGUGUGAUGCAUCACACAAUUGUGAAGUGUCGCAUGAGCCACGGAAGACUGGAAGGUCCUCUCAUGCACUUGCGCCUGAACUAAAAGAGCUACCAUGUUUCAGCAAACAUCAUCAGGCUGACCACCAGUAUAGGAGAGCCAGAGAUCACAGGCAUUGAGGCAAGACAUCAUGCAGAUACAUGGAUUGCACGCCAAAGCAGUUAAGGGGUAUUCUUUUGUUGAAAUGAAAUGAUGACUGAUAAUGGAAUUCUUUGUUGACUUUUCCAUGCUGUUCAAGAGAUCUAGUUGGCCUUUCGAGAGCAGAAGAGAUGAAAGAAUACUGAAAAUUUCAUCCUCCCUAGUUAUCCAAGUGACACCCUGUGCACUAGAAGCAAUAGAAACCAAGUCCCGAGGGGCCGUGUAGAUCAUCAACAGCAUCAUGCUGCAUGUCCCGUGCUGCCAUGCAUACUCAAUGAAGGAGUAUAGAUGAG